UGCUAGGUUUAUUGUUUAUACAGUACAUUGAUUUUAAUUUGUAAGACUGGGUUAAUGCAGCUAAGCAUUUGCAGCUAUAGUGUGAACUAGUCGUUUAACUGAGUGAUUCAUUAGCAUAGCAGAAGCAGACCUCAGUCUAGGAUCAUAUUACAUGCUGAUUCAAGAAGUGAACUGUUUCAAACGAAUCAGGUCAGUCUGGUGAACUGACACUAUCAGUGCCCCAGGGAGAGCGUUCUGGGAGUGGAGGGCAUGUCUCUUGGGAGCACCGCCUACCUGUUUUAUAGUUUAUAACUCAUUGACAGCUGCCCUACACCGUCUACAAACAAGGAGCUUACAGCAGGUUCCCAAGGUUACCUGCAUCUGCCAGUAAACAUGUCUCUAGUGCAGCAGUCGCAAACCUGGUUCCCUACAAGUGUCCAGGUCACCGUACUACAGGCCAAGAACUUGAAGGCAAAGGGCAAGGCUGGUACUAACGAUUCUUAUGCCAUCAUUCAGUUGGGCAAAGAGAAAUUCUCUACCACCGUAGCUGAAAAGAGUCAGGCCCCUGUGUGGAAGGAGGAAGCUACCUUCGAGUUGCCGCUUUUACACAUUGACAACCAGGAGCGAUGCACUGUACGGGUGAUCGUAAUGCACAGGGCCCUUGUCGGGAUGGACAAGUUCCUGGGACAGGUGGGGCUCAAUUUGUGGGAGCUGCAUCAGAACAAGAACAGGAAAAAGACACAGUGGUAUCCAUUAAAAUCAAAGCCUGGGAAGAAGGAAAAGGAACGAGGCCAGAUUGAAGUAGACGUCCAGUUCAUGAGGAAUAGCAUGACGGCUAGCAUGUUUGAUCUCUCCAUGAAAGAGAAAUCUCGCUCACCGUUUGGUAAACUUAAGGACAAGAUCAAGGGAAAGCGUCAUGAUGGCUUUCCAGACACUGCUUCAGCCAUUGUUCCUAGCAUGAAUCAGUAUGAUGACAGUGAUGAAGAAGUGCCAGAGGUAGAGAAAAAGAAAUCCAAACUUAAGAACUUGUUUUCCAAGCCAGGAUCAGGCCUAAAGAAAAACUCAAUUUCUCAGUCUAUGUCUGUCCUGCCAACAUUCCCUCCUUCUUCCAGUCAAAGAACCGUACUAAAACCUGCAGAUUUCUCAUCUGAUUUCAACCAAGUGUCAGGGUCUCCUGCAUCAGAAAGACGAUUUCCUCAUCUUCCAGUGAUUAUGACGCACAAAAGAACAGCAAGUGCUGACACUAAGCAGCUAAAUCAAGUUGUUUCUGGGAACAAGAAAGAAGGGUUGUCCUUCUUCAGUGGAAUGAAGUCCAAGAAUGAUCCAAUCACACGAUCCAAUUUGUGCAUCAAUGGAAAUCAUGUGUACAUGGAAGAAUCUGAAAAUAAGACUGAGAGUUCCAAAGACAACUCUCUAACCAACUCGCCACAAAUCGUUCGAAAAACUCCACUUUACGCUUCUGCUGAAAACUUGUCUUCCAAACCUGUUAAAGACACCCUCAAUAUAUCAAAUCCUCCUCCAGAAAAAAAACUCCCCACUUCUGGCUCUAAAGAAUCUCUCAAAUCUAUGACUUUACCUGCUUCCCAGAAAACCAAAGUAGAAGAGCCGAGGUCCAGAAGUCCUCCUCCAACUUCAGAUGCUCAGAAAGAUUUAACAGAACCCAAAAAGCAAGAGAACAAAAAGUCAUCAUUGCUCUCCCUGGUGACCGGAAGGAAGGACUCUCCUAAACAAACAGAAUCCGAAAAUUCUACCCAGAUAUCAAUGGAGGAAUCCAAAACAGUUGGUGGUUCCAUGGCAUCGGAGCAAACAGAUAUUCGCAGCAAGAUGACCUCAAUUAAUCCAUUUGAGAAUGAGGGAGAAGAGAAAAAGCCUGAACCUCUUCCAACUUCUGAAAGGAGUACAAAAACAUAUGCUGUAAAACCAAGACUGGACGUGUCUUCAGAGGCUGAAACCAAAGCCAGGCUUUCUUCUUCAUCUCUUGCUGACUCUCUUGUUUCUCCAUCUCUUUCUAGUGGUGAGGAUGAUGCUUAUGCCACUUCUAAGUUAGGGAAGGACAACAGAACCUCAAACACAACUACUUUUACCACAUCUGACACACCUGUUACUUCUAAUAGCCAAAUAAAUUUAGAUAUUGAAGGCAAAAAUGAUGGCUCCUCUGAAUCAUCUAGUGAUUAUGAAAAACCCUCUGUGCCUGUGUUUUGGAGAUCAGUUUCAUCACAAAAUAAGGCAGAAUCUAAAGAAGUUCAGGUUGUUGCCCCAUUUGCUGAAAAAAAUAAAGGUAAAAAGACCUAUGUAAAAUCUCUUCUAGAUCAGAUCAAAGGCAAGCCGACAAGUACAAAUCUGGAUAAUGUAGUUGACGAAGGUUUGGUUAGAGGGGUCUUACCUAUACUUCAAGAAACUUCCUCAGUCUAUAACGAACCUGAGAGUUUUCUGGAUGAUAAGCCAGAGUCUGCUAUCGAUCGAUUUGUAGAGAGCCAAAAAAGUGGGAUUUUUGCACCACACAUAAACACAAAUGCGAAUCCAAGAACUACAAGUUCAUCCACUGACAAUGAAGUAAAAACAGAUGUUUCUGUGUCACAAACUAUGAAAGAACCACCAAAGCCAGCACCAAGAGCACAGCCGUUCCCCAAAAAAGAGGAACCUGUAAGUGAACUGAAACCAGUUGCCCCAAAGCCAGCACCUAGGAGUGCUGCAAAGAUAAAUAAAGAUACUUCAGAUCCUCCGUCAUUUUCAUUAGUGGCUGAUGUAACACCCAAAACAAAUGGUAACGUGGAGCAAUCAUCUCGUAUUGGCACAUCACCUAUAGAUAACAAUAUUCAGCUUGGCCCAACAACAUCCAAGAUGAAGAUGGCAGCCCCAGUGGUAGAAGACAUAACCUACAAAUUAGAUGAGCUUCCUGUUAUACCAGAGAAUCCAGAAGGGACUUCAGAUGAUGAGCAGCUUGAAAUGAAGAACAAAUUUACAGAUGAUAAAAAAUCGACAAUCAUACAACCUAAUCUGGAAAUGAGUCCUUAUUUUACUGAGAAGAGUAAUGGAGUGAAGAAUUAUGAGACUGCCUUUGCCUUAGAUCAAAGUCAUGAAAAAGAGGUAACUUCAGAUAGCAAGUCUAAGGGAGCUUCUGAUAACCAUCCUUAUUGGGAUAAUUCUGAUAGUCUUAAGAAAACAACAUCUAGCAAGAAUAAAGUUAAAGAAAACCAAGUCAACAACAUAAGUUCUAAUAACCAACACAUGCCUGAAGAGUUUUCUUCUACCUCUAGUAUUGUUUCUAGCUCCUCCCUUCCCGUCUCUGUUUCACUUUCAACUGAUGAAUCUAACACUCAAAGUGCAAAGCACCUGACCAACCCCACCAAUGAUGGUUCUGAUAAGGAGGAGAACUCUGGCAAGAAGAAGCUGCUCCGGGCAUGGGUUUCACCCUCUGAGACACAUCCAAUCGCUACAGUGCAGAGUGGUGGAACACCGUCUUCCAAGCCAAGAACACAUCCAGUGAAACCAAUGAACACGACCCAGAACAAAUCUCCUUCCAGUUUUUCAAUGCCAAUUAAAAGUCAUGAGAAUGCACUGAACAAUAUAAACACCAAGAAAUACGACUCCUCAGAUCCAGCUUCUGCCUUUGCUCAGCUUACUCAUGAUGAGCUGAUCCAGGUGAUCUUAAAACAAAAGGAGACCAUUACCAAAAAGGAGUCACAAGUACGAGAACUAGAAGAUUACAUUGACAAUCUGCUUGUCCGGGUUAUGGAGGAGACGCCCAACCUCUUGCGGAGUGGUUCAUUCCUCAAGAAGGCUGGCAGGGUGUAAACCAAUGAAUCCAGCAUCCUUAUGGACCUUUAAAUAUCAGGAAGUGCAUCAGCUCUCUUAGUGGCUGUUGGUUCUUCCUCCUAAGGCUUUAAUACAGCCACUUAUUUAUCCAAUGAACUGAUGCAUGAACUUUAGCUGUUAAUAUGUAUUGCUGUAAAGGAUGUAAUUAGCCUGCAACCUGUACCCCAUAAGCUUUCUGAAAAUGGUAUAACGCCAAUAUGGGGCAGGUAUCCAAUACUGAAUUGCUGAUUUUUUUGUUUUUCUGUUUUCCAGUCUUUAAUAUUACAGUAAGGGCUUAAGAUUUUUGUAUCCCACUACUGCAAAAAAUACAGUUCUGAUAUAGUCUUCCUUGUAGAUGUCUGCAGAAGAAUAAUACAUUUAAUAUCUAUCCUGAUUUUUCAUAGAACCGUUAAUGUAAUCGCGUAAUUGUUUGCACAAAUAGGUAUCAACCAAUUUUACUGGCAUAUUUGCUUAUUAGCUAUGGUGCCUUGAUAGAUGAGGAAUGAUCUUGAAAUCGUGCUUCAUAGUUAUAGAUUAGUAUAAGGAAAUGUAUUUAUAUAUUUGUCCUCAACCUUCUAGAUCUUGCACAUAGAGUGUGUGCAUUUCAAAGUCACUUUACGGUACUAGACAUGAAGGCCAGACUCUGUGUGUUUGUGUGUAAAACUUUUUUCACUGUUUGUGUCUUAUAUCAAAGAACUUAUAAGGUACUGCCUCAUUGGCAAGUCUACCUAUAUUUUCCAUUCAGGGGCCUUAACUGGAAAUAUAUAUUUUGAAUAAAAGCAGAUAUAUUUUUAUAUGCUUAAAAAUAUACUUUAAAAUAAACACUUUAUAUUUUGCUUGACAAUGUGUUCUCCAAAUACACUACAUGCACUCUUGCUUAAAAAUGUAUGCAAAUACUUCAAUGAUGCGAAGACAAUCUGAUAAUAGAUAUGCUACGUCAUAAAUAUAUAUGAUGUAAUAUCACAUUAGAAGGAUACAUUGUCCCCAAAAUGGAUUGUUCAGUUCCUUCCUUGGUUCCACAAAGCACCUCAAGGAAAUAAAGAAGAGAAAAAUAGUGCAAUCCUGUUGAUAUAAAACAAGUACAUAUGCAAAACAGAAUUUUUGCAUAUAUAAAACAAGUAAAGGCACUUUAUUGCACUUCAAAGAUAUUGUUCUUUUUACAAAUUGAAGGUUUAUGGCAAUCCUGUGUCGAGGAAGUCUAUCAGAGCCAUUUUUCCCAACAUAUAUACACAUAUAAACACAUGAAUACACAUGAAUACACAUAUAAACACAUGAAUACACAUAGAUACACAUGAAUACACAUAGAUACACAUAUAAUCACACAAAUACAUAUGAAUACAUGUGUGUGUGUGUGUGUGUGUGUGUAUAUAUACAUACAUACAUACAUACACAGCACCAGCAAAAGGAUUACAACUCAUUUUUUAAGACAUAAUGCUAUUGCACACUUGGUAGCCUCCAGUAUAGUAUAAAAAUAACUUUUAUAUGAACUGAGAAACAAAAAAAAUUGUGUCACUCACUUUAUUGCUUUAUUCACUUUACUGCGGUGGUCUGGAACCGAACCCGCAAUAUUUCCAAGGUACGCCUGUAUAGAGAUUCCAGUGUAUCAUUACUCGCGUGAUUUAGAGUUUUAAACAAGUUAAUUUAAAGCUCUAAAUCACGAGAGUAACAAUACAAAGUAAUCUCUGUACUUGAUUUAAAUAAACAGGGCUGCACUAUUUUAUUAUUAUUUUUUUUCCUUGAGGUGAUUUGUGGAACCAAGGAAGGAACUGAACUAUCCACUUCUGGAACAGUGUAUCCUUCUAUUGUGAUAUAACAUCACAUAUACUGUAGUUAAUAUAUUGUAUUUUUACAUCUUUAUUAGCAUUAUACAUUUUAUCUGAUUCACUAUUGUAUUGCACUAUUGAUAUUACUUCAUAAAUAUACCUUUAUGUUGCUUGUAAUACAUAUUGCUAGGUAAAACAUAUUUUGUUUUCGCUUAUUUUAUCCAUUUAUCUGUAAAUACUAGAAAUCAAACCAAACUCAAACCUUAAGGCACUACAGUACAUCUACAAUAUGUGUUAAAAAGAUUGCAAUCGGUGUGAGCAUCCUAAUUUCUUUCCAUACACACAGGCUAUUUUUUUUUACACCCUCAUGCAGACGUUGCAAUGCUUCUAAUACAUUCUCCAUAUUAAUGGAGAAAAUUUGUUUUUAUCAGGUUCCCCAUUACAGUUAAAAAGUCUCUUAGCAAGCAGAUUCUGAGCCUUAUUAACAAAUCAAUCGUUCUAUAGAAGAAAAAAAGUUCAUAAUCUGUUUGCUUUUUUAAAUUUCACAGGCCACUCUAACUUUAAGCAAAGGUUACAAUUUAUAUGUAAUGUAGGUAAAUCCCAGAAUACUUUGCAGCAUAACCACAGUUGCGGAGUCUGGUGGAAGUCUGGAAGUCUUGUUCACACUGAGUAGAAAAUAUUUGCCUAACCACAUGUAAAAACUGAAAAGCAGUUUGCCAAGAUUGAGCACUAUGUAUAGUCAUUGCCUUGUUAUUUAACACAGCUAGAAUGCUGUAUUAGCUAUGCUCUCCAGGAAAAAAACACACUGUUUCUACUACUGUCUUGAGUAGAUUGUUUCUAAGUAUUCAUUUUUCAGCUGUUAUAGAAGUGCGACUUCUAAUGGGCCUUAAUGAGAAUUGAAACAGGCCAGAACACUGUAACUAUCUUAAAUCACUGCAACACUGAUGCUGCUGUCUCAAGUGUUUUAACAGAAAUGAUUCUUCUAUGCAGAUAAGCUUUUCUACUAUACUAUCAUAGAUUCCAUUUCCAAAUCUUUAGACCAGUUUAUGCUAUUGUAGAGUAUGUCUACUUAAUGCUUAAAUUAUGGAAUGGAGUCACAAUAGAAAUAUUCACCUUCUUAUUUUCUUUUUUUCUCCUGACAAUUAAUGAAGAAUAUUUUUGCUUAAUCUAUUUUGAUAAUUUUUUUUAUUAUUAUUAUGUUACAGCUGCUUAUCAGGAAUUCCAAGAUAUGUUUUUGUUUUAUUAUUAUAUUUGUAUCUCAAACUUUUGAGCUUUGACUGUGUAUCUAAUUUACAACAUUUGGUUUAGUAACACUUUACUUACUAGGUCCUGUGGUUAUUUUGCACUUUAGGAAGGAGAACAAUCUCAUUAUAUAUAGGAAUAUUAUACACUGGAUGAUCUUUUGUAAGUUACCCUGACAUAAGGUAUUUAUAAGCUUAAAAUCUAUUUUGAAUCUGGAACAAUAGCCUUUAUAUUUUAUCACAUGAGACUGUGUGUGUCAGAAUAAAAAUAUACUUGUUUCACAUGACAAAA